AGACUGCCACGUUCCGGGAGACCACUAGGAGUAGGCAGGAGACCGCAAGAAGAAAAGCCGAGUUAAUCAUGGCGAAGGGGUGAAAAGGACCUCGAUCACGCAAGACGUAGAGAUGCAGCGGAAGGAACGCAGCUUCCAGGAGUGCCUCGAGUUCCUUAUGCCCGUUUACCUGCUGCCUUUCAUCUUCGGUGACAAGGAAGGCACCAGCAUCUACUGCAUCCUGCUGACAGUGCUUGGCCUGAUGGGCCGCCUGCUUCCGCCGGCCGUCGCCGCCAUGCUGCCCAUCGUUAUCCUGCCACUCGGCGACAUUAAAAGCGCAGAAUGGCUGGCCCCUGAAUAUAUGGGUCCCCGUGUGCUGACGGCCAGCUUGCUGUUCACCAUCGCCUUCUUGUGCGACGAGACGACCGUGUUCUUCAGGCUGAGUCUUCAUGCGCUUCGACGCUACGCCCUGCGCAUGCAGCCACUCUUCCUGUACACGCACCUGCCGGUGUUCGCGCUCAGCCUGUUGUUGCCCAGCAACCUGAUCGUGGUCUUCAGCACCGUCUUCAUCGACCGUUUCGUCACGACCGUGCACAACGAGAUCGUGGGCACUGCGGAGCAACGCGGCAGCGUCGUUCGCAUUCUGUCGGGCAGCACGUCGCUCAACUACUUCGAGGAUGGCAGGCGCCCUCGCUGGGGCCGCAUCAGCGGCGCGAUGAGCAGGAAGGCCAGGAGCGUGUCCAUGGUCAGCGAGAUGACCGGCCCCAGCGAGGUGUCGGGCAGCAGCUCCUUGGUCAAGCAGUACCGGAUGCACCCGCCGGUUCCCUUGCCGAUUCAAGCGACACUCGCUGCGCCGAGACCAGAAGCACGACAAAAACAUCAAAUUGUACCGCACCGCAACCCGCGACGGCCGGAGCACGGAUCUCGGAAGCCUUCCGUAGCUAAAAAUGACGCACGCCCUAGUGCGCCGCAAACGGCGAAGUCGAAGGUAAAAACACUGCCUGAGUCAAAGGUUCAGCCCGAAUCCGAGCCGGUGGCACCGCCCAAGUCCGCAGCCGUUAAGCUUGACCCGAAGCCAGAGACAAAAACCGAGGCCAGGACGGAUCAGGAACCGGAACCGAAAACGGUGGAAGUGCGCGGGGUUCUCAAGAAACGAUAUCUGUCCCUGCAGCCGAGCAUACCGAGCAUACCGAGCCGCAGCGGCAGUGUUCCGUGCGGGAGGCUGCUGUCGCCUUCCGACAACGACCAACUUUAUCCCAUGCUGCAGUGUCCGCUCCCCACAACAGACCUCACCGGCCAAGAGCAACAGACGUCGUCUCUACGCGUGCGAGCUCUGAUUUUGACCGCCCGUCCAGCGUUUAUCGCCGGCGCUGCAUACGCGGCCAUAUUCGGGAACAUCGCCAGCUUCAGCACACUGCCCGCCCGGGGGACCGUACUCUUCGCCCUCGGAUGCCGCGACGACGAAUGUCCGGUGAAUUGGUGGAGGUGGUUUGCCGUGUCGUUGCCCGUGGCCAUGAUCUGCUGCCUCCUUUCCUGGACCUUCAUAUACUGCGCUAACCUCGUCAGCUGUGACGAUGAAAUCGACGAGCAAACACACGAAGACAUGUCCAGAUGUGCUCGGGCCCGACAACAAAACAUGAAGAAGCACACCAUGCGAGAGGCUCUUCUUUUCUACUGGCUCGUCGGGAUCCCGGUUGUCUCGAGCGCCUACGCCACCCGGCAUCCUGAUGGCUACGUUGAGGGGCCCUUCUUGGGUCUCACCCUGCUGGUGCUCAGUACGGCUCCCGAGUCGACAUGGCGUCGAUGCUGGUCGUUCCGUUUGCUGUGCUGGCGCAGACUGUGCUCGCGCAUACCCUGGAACAUUAUUCUCAUGCUGGGGUCCAUCACGGCGCUCACCAAGACCGUCGAGGAGUACCGACUCGUGGAGUUGUGUCUGUCCAAGCUGGACGACCAGUUCUGGACGCAGCGGUCCACCAAGUCCAGCCAGUUCAUUCUGGUAAGCCUGGCUGCCGUGCUCUCCGAACUGGUGGUCGGCGACUCGCUCGCGAGAUCCAUGGCGGCCACCGUGGUUAGAGUGGCGGUGGUGACGGAGACGCCCGUGUCCUUUUACGUGAUACCGGUGAGCCUGGCUGCCUCCAUCAACGUGAUGCUGCCCGUGUCACUGCCGCUGCUCAUUAUGCGCGAAUAUCAGCAAACCAAGAGCUCGCAUAUGGUUGCCUGCGGCGUGUUCCUCAAGUGCGCCGCCGUUAUUGUCAUAUUCAUCUCGAUGAACACCAUCGGCCUCAUCCUCUUCCAAGAAGAGCCACCGGCCAGAGAGCACGCCAUCUUCGCACUACACAACGCCACCGACGUCGUCAAGGCAUCGACCCUAUGAUGUCACGCGCUCAUAGCGUUAUCUGUAAAGCGUAAACCUUCGAACUUUAAUGCGAUCGUUCUACUUUUUAUAAUCUAUCGUCAAGUACACCGUUUUUAUUUUACUUUUUAUUAUUUCCCUCUAUCGCGGUUUAUACCGUAUCGUACAUUAAAUCUG